GCCCCGUGGCAGGCCUCAGGUGAGAGGGAGCCCCGUGCUGGAGGAGCUCCCAGGGCAAGCAGUGGGGGGGGGAGCCCCUGGCACCCCACGUGGCACACCUGCUGCAGAUGAGGGUCUGGCCAGGAGUCACAUUGCCAAUCCGUGGCAGGCUCUGCUCAGAGACCUCCACCCCACCCUCAGGCUGGGGGCCUCACAGGGGCACCUGAGGGCGGGGCCCUGGAGAAGCCAGCUGAGCUCCUUCAGAGCCCUUGGAAGCCCCACCCCGAGGAGGGGCCUGUGGGGGUAUCUUAAGACUCCCUGGCGAGGUCAGCUGUCUCAGAAGCUGCAAACUCUUGGCAAGGUGGCUCUGACCCCUUGUCCCUGUCUCCCUGGGCUUUGGGCCCUGACCCCACAUGCCCUCUGGGGCCCCCUCCGUCAUCAGCGGUCAGCCCAUCCCCAGCUGAGGUGGGCUCUUGCUCGGCAGCCCUCCCUGCUCAAGCAAUGCAGCAGAGGCAGCUGGAGGGAGCCUGAGACCUGUCCCUGGUGGCCGGGACUGUCUGGCCCCUAGCGUUGGUAUCUGUGCCAUGGAGGGACAGACCCAAGGAGGCAGAGUUCCUGCAGAAAAGCCCCUGCCUGCCACUGCCACCCGCAGCUUGUCCUCUGUGGGCGCCAUCUUCAUUCUCCUGAAGUCCGCGCUGGGAGCAGGGCUGCUCAGCUUCCCCUGGGCCUUCCACAAGGCCGGGGGCGUGGGGCCCGCCUUCCUGGUGGAGCUGGUCUCCUUGGUCUUCCUGAUCAGUGGGCUGGUCAUCCUGGGCUACGCGGCCUCUGUCAGCGGCCAGGCCACCUACCAGGGUGUGGUCCAUGGGCUCUGUGGCCCCACCAUCGGGAAACUGUGUGAGGCCUGCUUCAUCAUCAACCUGCUCAUGAUCUCCGUGGCUUUUUUCAGGGUAAUUGGAGACCAGCUGGAGAAGUUGUGUGACUCCCUCCUGCCGGGCGGCCUGCAGCCGUGGUAUGCCACCCAGCGCUUCACCCUGCCCACGCUCUCCAUGCUGGUCAUCCUGCCCCUGUCCUUGCCACGGGACAUCGCCGUCCAGAAAUACACAAGCACCCUAGGCACCCUGGCCUCCUGUUACCUGGCCCUGGUCAUCACAGUGCAGUACUACCUCUGGCCCCAUGGCCUCGUGCAGGAGCCCCGUCCUUCCCUGAGCCCUCCGCCCUGGACGUCUGUGUUCAGUGUCUUCCCCACGAUCUGCUUCGGUUUUCAGUGUCACGAAGCCGCCGUCUCCAUCUACUGCAGCAUGCGCAGCCAGAGCCUCUCCCACUGGGCCCUGGUCUCCGUGCUGUCCCUGCUGGCCUGCUGCCUCAUCUACUCGCUGACAGGGGCUUAUGGCUUCUUGACGUUUGGGACCAGAGUUUCUGCUGACAUCCUGAUGUCCUACCCGGGCGAUGACGUGGCCAUCAUCGUUGCCCGGGUCCUCUUCGCCGUCUCCAUUGUGACGGUCUACCCCAUUGUGCUCUUCCUGGGGAGGUCUGUGAUGCAGGAUUUUUGGACAAGGAGCUACAGAGGGACUCGGGGGCCCCUGGUGCUAGCUGACCCCACGGGGCCAUGGGUUCGAGUGCCGCUGACCAUAUUGUGGGUUGCUGUGACACUGGCCAUGGCCCUGUUCCUGCCCGACCUCAGCGAGAUCAUUGGCAUCAUCGGGGGCAUCAGCUCCUUCUUCAUCUUCAUCUUCCCGGGUCUGUGCCUCAUCUGUGCCGUGGGCGUCGAGCCCAUAGGACCAAGAGUCAAGUGCUGCUUGGAGGCCUGGGGCGUGAUCUCUGUGCUGCUGGGCACCUUCAUCUUCGGGCAGAGCACAGUGGCAGCUGUCCUGGAGCUGCUCUGAGCAGCCCUCUCAGGUGACCUGUGCGGCUCCCACCUCUAUCCCUGAGACUGAUGCGGGUUUCAUCACGAAGAUGCUGGGCAAACAGACAGCUUCCGCCUUCCAGGCUGCCCGUGGACUCUGCUCCUUCCAGGAUCUCUGGUGAGGAAAGACGGAAUUGGGUUCUAGCAGCUGAUGUGACAAACCGCCACACACAAUGACUCAAAGCAACAUCAGCGUGUUGCUUCCAGUGCGGAGGCCAGAUUUUGCAGUGGAGGUCUGGUGGGCCAUGCUGUCUUACUGCUGGUGGCUGUUGGUGCUCCUCCGUGACCCUGGCUUGCAGAUGUCACUCAGUCUCUGCUUUCGUCUUCACCUGGCCACCUCCCCUUUGUGUGUCCAAAUCUCCUCCUCCUUACAAGGACACCAGCCCUUCAUUCGGGGCCAUCCUCAUUAAGUAUGUCUUCCCCUGAACUUGACUGCAUCUCGUCUGUUACUCAGUUAGGAGUAUAAAGAUCCAGUCUCCAAAUAAGGUCCCGUUGGCAAGGGAUCGGGGAAGGACUUCAGCUACCUUGAGGACAGGACUCGGCCCAGGACACAGAGGUGGGAGCCGAGGCUUUGGGUGUAUUGAUCAAGGUGAGGGCAACGGGAGCCCCGGAGGAGACUUGGGGGCACGCCUUGGGGGCAUCCCUCGGGGGCAGUGGAGGGGUGAGCCCUCUGCCCAGGGCCUGGACCAGAAGGUGCACAGGUGCGGCCCAGCAUGGGUCCCAGGAGACGCCCUCCCUUCCAUUCGCUCUGCCUGGAGAGUCCAGGAGCCGAGUGGGCCCAUCGCCCUGUAGCUCCCUCCUGGCCCCACCCUGGCCCCUGUCCCCGACCCGGCCCUGGCAGGAGUCGGCCUGCUGCGGAGAGUGUCAGGGCAGAGGGUCCUUCAGAAGGGCGCUUUCCCCUGGGCAGGACGCGACCAGGCAGUGGCCCGUGCCCUUCCCAUGUAUGUCACACACGGCGUCUGUGACCCAGUGAGGUCGAUGGUGACAGGACUGUGUGUGUGCUAGCCUGUCCACGUGCACUCAGUCUAAACGCCACGCUGUAACUCACACUCUGUGAGACACACCCCCCCCUGAGGGGCACGGUCCAGGCACUUGGCAUGUUCAGUCACGCCACCACCCGCCACCUUCCUGCAGCAGCUGUCCUCACCCGGGAGGGCCCCAUGCCAUCAGCAGCCCUGACCCCUCGGUCUCCAGGUCGUCUUGACUGGACACUCCUGGUCGACCAGGCGGAACGCAGUCCUGUGGGGGGCCCCCUUGAGGGAGCACAGGGCCCACUGCACAGGUGUCAGCCGAGGCGUGGGAAGGCCAGGGCUGCCUGUCCUGCAGGCCGCAGCGCUGAGUCACAACCCACCUUGGCUUGAGCUCCACUGUCUGCUUCCUCUACCACGUGCUCCAAGAAGAGGAGUGACCCAGGAGGGGACGUGUGCUUGGCCUGCAGAUGGGGUGGAGCCCCUGCCAGCCUCCUCCACAGCCCUGGGGGAGGGGCGUGGCUGCAGGCAAAGGCUCUGGACCCUGUGAGGGGACGCAGGACCUCUCUCCCAGUCCCCUUGAACCAAGCCAUUGUGACCUGCCCACCCUGUGUCCAGCGGCCACAGGGUCCUCCCAGGUGAAGGCUCAGGAGCCAGGACGCACACCAGGCAGAGUGCUCUAGCAGGUGAGCGGAGGAUGUGGCCUUUGUUGACACCUGCUACCUCCAGGGCUCUGCUGCAUGGGCCAGGUUGAGGCUGUUCAGAGAAUCCAGGAGUAACAGCGGGCACAGUAAGGGUCCUGCCAUGAAGGGAGGCCACGUGACGGGCUUUGAACCUGAGCUUGGUUGGGAACCUGGCUCCGCCACGUGCUCUCUCAGAGCUGCUGGGAACGUAGGAGCUUUCAUCCUGGCCCAGUGGAGCCGGCUACUGUUCCUCUGUUUUCACUGUGGAGCUCGAGGGGGUGCCGCACCUACAGCCGCUAGGGUGUCUCUCACCAAGAAAGGCAGCUGCGUUUCCAGAAACCACCAAGGUUGGCAGAGGACACUGAGUUUCCUAGCAGUUAUGGGAAAAGGGAAAUGGGAGGAUUCGAGGGCUCCCCCAGCAGAGCGACACAGGAGGGAGUGGACGGGCAUUAAAGGCAAGAGGAGGAGAGGGCAAGGGCUUUAGGGGUGACCGCAUUGCCACCAGGACCAAGGUUUCCAGCCGGUUCUGUGGCAGGCUCAGAUGUGAGCCACACGUUGGCAUCCCAGCACAGGGACAGCGGCCUGCCAGCAGGGGGAGGUCCCCUGGCUGUCUGACCUGGGGAGGAAGGUGCCGACGGCCUUUUGGACUGUCCUGCUCAAAUGCCAAUGGUGCCUUGAGGUCUGUGCGGGACAGGGAGGCAGAGGGCCGAGGAGGGCGUGGGUGGGGCUGAGCCUGCAGGAUCCAGGCUGUCCUGGGUCACCGGCUGGCUGUGUGGUUUUGGCCCAGCUUGUGCCCUCUCUGAGCAGUGCCUGCCUCAGGCCACCGCCACAGGGACCCGCCAUCAGGGUGCUCCCCGCCUCCGUGUCCUUCUGGCCCCGCGUUUCCAUCCUCUCGUCCUCCAACACAGGCCUCCACAGCCCUCCCCUCAGGACCACGGUGAGGAGGAGCAGAGGGUCCCCUGCAAGCCCCAGCAGAGCCUGGCCUGUCCCAGCUCCCGGUCAAUGGUGACAACUGCUUGGGUGUAGAGAUGCAGGUGCCUAAAGCCACCUCUUCCAAGAGACCACGUGACUCAUGUAUACCAAGGGCCCCACCCUGCUCUGAGCAUGGUGGCUGAGCACCUGGGGAAACCUGUCCACGAGCCCAGGGUCACACAAAGGCCCUGUGCCACAGGCCACCUCUGAGGCCUCCCACGGACAGUGGAGCAGGGCCCUCGAGGGUGCGUCGGGAGCUCUGUGCAGGUGAGUCAGUGGGGACUGUGACAUUCCUGUAACAUGAUUGACAGCUUCGUGGUGACGAUCCCGGGCUUCGCUUGUGCCCGGUGCCACCCCUCCCCAGCCCACGACCACAGUCGCCCGGGGCUUGCAGUUCUGGCACUGGGCGGGGUUUGUGGGUCCUGGCGCUGGUGGGAAGGAGAUGCGGGUGGCAUCCCUUGUGGUUCUGCAGCGCAUCCUCGCCGUGACCUCGUCAGUGCCGUGCUCCCUUAUGACCCAGUGCAGUCCUCCCUCUGUACCACCUGGCGACUUGGCCAGGGUUCCAGGGCCCCAGACACCAGACGCUCUGGCACCGAGUGGUCUGCCCAGAGUGGUGUGCGCGUCUGUGACGAGGCGCGUCCUCUGGGUAUUUCAUAUGUGCUGCGGAGGGAGCCCAGGGCCCUGCACCUGCUAGGCAGGUGCUCCAGCACGGAGCUGCCCCUGGCCUCCCCCGGGCACGCUGCAGAUGGCCUCUGGACGAUGCAGCCCCGAGACGUCGUGGGUGGUAGGCAGCGGUUAGCGUGGUGUUCCGGGAAUAACGACAGGGAAGGUGGGGACGUGUCCAUCCAUCCGGCUGGAUCACCUUGCACCCACCCCAGAGCACCCUGCCCGUGGCUGGCGACUCUGGCUGCGCAGCCUGGGGCUGCACAGGGCCUGAUGGCUGCGGCGUGUUCUGUACCUGCUUCUGGUCCGUCGGUAUUUGAGUUGUCUCCCCUUUUGGCUGCUGUGGCCAGUGCCGCUGUGAAUACUGGUGCAGAUACGUGUUUGAAUGCCUUUUAAAAAUUCUUGUGGGUAUAGUGUGUAUCCAGAAAUAGAAUGGCUGGGUCAUAGGGUAACUCUGCCUUUAACUUUUUUUGAGGAAACUGAGUCGGACAUUAAGGGUCUGCCCCGCACCAUGGAGUGCAGGGUAGUUGGACGCAGGGUUGUGGGUAGGUGGCUCUCGGUUAGAAUCCACCUGAGCUAUUAAUUUGCUGUGUGACCUCUGGCAAAUUACUCGUCCUCUCUGUCUUCAUUUCCCUGCCCAGGAUGGUGCUGUGAGCAUGAGGGAGAUGGUGCCAAGUGCUUGAUUCUGUGAGUGGCUCUGAAGUGUCAAUCAAGUGGAGCUCUUAUGCCUUUUAGGGUUGAAAUGUGUUCUCUUCAGAGCCUGAUCCCACCCACCCUGCCUGUGAGGGGGCUGCCGGCAGCCCAGGAGGUGGGUGCAGGGCGCCUCUGUUAUGCCUGGGGAGACUUGGCCCCCUCUGGGUGCCGCUGCAGGUCCCUGCCCUGCAGGAGGAGGGCACAGGCGGGGGGCUGGCGCCAGGGUGCACCUCAGGGACAGCAGGCCUCAAGCCCACCCCACUGUCCCGAAUGCCUGCUGUUCUGGUUGUGUGGGGUGCCAAGGGGAGGGCUGGGCAGGCGUGGGAAGAGGCGCGUGCGUGGGUCUGCUUCCUGGGCCAUGGCCUGCUGCCCCCCGCUCCCCAGCCUCCCUGCCCUGCAGGAGCCCUGCUGGCCUCACCUCUUCCUUGUCCUUGAGCCUUCUGUGAGACUGUCCUCUAACCAGGACCUCAAGGCCAGCACGGGGCUGCCUUGCCAGACAGCAGCCGCACCCCAAGCUCUGGGCAGCCCUGGCCUUGCCCCCCAGAAGGCCAGCUCUACACCCCCGGGGUGUCCUGCAGUCUGUUUACCUGGGCCACCUGUGUCCAUGCUAAGGACUCAAGGUGGGGUCCCUGGGCGGGCUCUGCUGACUCCGAGGGUCCCUGUACUGCCCUAAACCACAAAUGACCCCAGCAGCUUCACUGAGUCCCUUGGCUGAGCUCCUGGAGCUGAGGGUGGUCCUGGGACCCAGAAGGGCUCACAGGCAGGAGCAUAUGUGUCACAUGCCUCCCCAGAGCGGUCACCACCUCCACACUGCAAACAGGACCUGGAGGCCAGGCGUCUGGGACAAGGUCUGUGGCAAACCCGGGGCCAUCCUGGCGGCCAGCUGUCACUCGGGAAAGGGGACACAGAAGCACAAGACACAGCUGUUCCCAGCUAGGGUUUAUUUGGUACCUAGUGUGGCACUGUUACAUGGGCACUACUGCCACUUCUGGGCUUGACCCAGGCCUAGGUUGGGCACUACAGGGCUACGGCUCCUACCAGGGAGGGGACGUCAGGAGGCGGUGAGGAGAGGCGGCUGUGGCCUUGCGAGGCCAGCCCAGGAGCCUCAGGGGGACCCCAGAGCACAGUGCCCUGCCGGCUCGGGUGGGGGCAGGGGUCCUCUUUCACUUCAAACCGCAGAGGAAAUACAUUCUUGUUUAGAAGUAGAUUGAAAAGACUGUACCAAAGUUUCUAGAAAAGGGGCGUCCUUGUCAAGAGGGUGCUGCCUCGGCGGCGGUCAGUCUCUGCCCACGGUGCACCAAGCGGCUAGAGGCGGGAGGAGAGAGUCAGUGGGGUGGUGAGCACACAGCCCCUUCCCUUGUGUGCUGAGGAGGGGGCGGCUGGCAGGGGAAGAGGGGGCAGGCCGAGCACCUCCCACCUGGGGCCACAUCUGCUUCUCCACCAGGCCCCUCGGGCACGUGCCCCUCUCGCGCUGGCCCAGGGCUGCAGAGGGCCAGCUCCACCCACUCUGCGUCCUGGCCUGGCCCCCUGUUCUGUGGCAGGUGGGGUGUGGGCCUGGGCCUUGGGCUCUGCUCCCGGUAGGGAGGUGGCAGAGAGUCACUGCAGGACUGGGGCCUCCUCAGCUGGCACUGCCCUUGGGCCUGCUCUGCUGGAACUCGGGAGCUGGGCAGCCCUCCCCAGUGCUGGCCCUUAUCCCUCUACCUGGCACUGAGAUCCGGGAGAGGGCCUCGGGCUGGCGCAGUGUGUCCACCUUGACGUGCCGGAAUGCCUUGCACACGGGGCUCUGCAGGUGCCUGCGCCCAGGAAGCAGGUUAGUCAGGACCGCGUGGACCACCCCUGAGCUCAGCUCUGUCUGGGAUAGGAGCGCUGAGGCUCCUGGGCAGAGCAGGAGGCCGGGUGCCAGCUAGAGCAAGGCCCAUGCCCCCAGGCCUGGUGGGGCCUGCCUGGAAACAAGGACCUUCCACCUUCAAGGUCACCCCAGGGGUCAGGUAGGACUGAUAUCCACCUGUACAGACAACACCAGUGAGGCUGACCAGGACUCAGGCCCCAGAGGAGCCCAUUGUCCUCCUCUGUGGUCACUCUGCUACUGCAGCAUCCCUAGGUCUUCAGUCUAAUCGUCCCUCAGUGCCAGGGAGGAAGGACAGGGGUGCAAAGCCACCCACUCCUGUCCUUCCUGCUGGUCUGAGUCUGGAGGGACACGGUAGCAUCUGGUGAGUCAGAAACCUCAGGACGGUGUUGGAUUUCCCAUUGCCACCCAGGGAGGACAGCAAGGUGCCCCAGACAUGCUCUGAGCAGGUGACAGCCACAGAUGGAACCCCCAACCUGCCACCACUGGGUGGGUGGCCAGGUGCAGGGAGGGAGCAGCUGACCGCACCUGCACUGCUACCUGCUCCGCGUUGGGCUCUGACGCUAGGAGCUGUCCAAUGGGAGAAGCUCAGUCCUCAAGAGGGCUUCCCAGGGGGGGGUGCUGGAUCAGGGGAUCCGGGGCACAAGGGACUCCGAACCCGCCCACAGGGGCGCUCCAGGGGCGCGGCAGAGCUGGUCUGCCUGGAAGGGGUGCUCAGGAGCCUGCCAAGUGUGGGAGGCUCCCUACACCUGAGCAGCCACCACCUCAGGCUGGGCCGGAGCUCGUGCUGGGAGAACCGGGGCAGUGCUCUCCAUGCCUCGCCAAAGUCCCUCCGCCACGGAACCAGCCAGCCCCCCUCACCAGCCCCAGCACCCAGGGACGCGGCUGUACCCACCUCUUCCACGCCUCCUCUGUCUCCCAGAACUCAUAGAUGACGAAGGUGAAGCCGUCCAACAACCUCACAGCGGCAAUGCUGUCGGGGAGAGGGAGGGAGGGAGCCUGCGGCGGGCAGGGACCGGCCCUGACCCCACUACCCAGCCACGCCAUGGCUGGCGGAGUCUAGGGGGAGGCUGCAGGCCUUGGCAUUCAUUCGCUCAAGCCCACCCCGCACCCUCUGCUGCUCCCACAAGCUCCGUCUCAGUGACGGUCCCGGAGCCCACCCGGGGCUCCACACCCUGCAGGCCAGGCGGCCCCCCUGGGGACCUGGCCAUCACUCUGCUGUGGGGCCUCCAGAAGACCAGGGUGAUGGGGCUGGAUGGCUCCUCAAGGUCACAGCAUCUGGUACUGUCCUUGUCCCCUUGCCCUCCCCAGCCGCUUCUCCUCUUUCACCCACUUGGCAGCAGUGGAGGGGACUGCUGAAAGGUGAGCAGCUGCAGGGGCUCACAGGCAGUGCCAGGCUGGCUUCACCCGACAGGCUGCUCAUCUGUCCUUAGUCCCUUCUGCUCCAGUGUCAGGUGGAGAGCGGGGUGCUGCCCGGGACCAGCCCUGGCCCUGGGCCCUCUCCCAGCCACUGGCAGGUCAUCUCCAGGGGCCAGGCUCUGCUGAGUGUUACUGAGUGCCACCAUCACGGGGUGAGCGUGGCAUAUGUGGGGCACACACUUGUGGUUUGGGGGGACGAUGCCUCUGGCCAGGUGGGAAGGUCAGUGCACACCCUCCGCCCCUCUCUGGCCUGUGCUGCUGAACCAGCACCACAGCUGAGGGGCACUGGCCUGGCUCAGCCCUUCCUGCCCCUCUGGCCCCGUUCACUCCCAGAGGGCCAGGGCAAGGGUCUGCUGGGGCAAAGCUAAGACAAGGUCAGGAAGGAAAGGGAGACCAGCCUCACACCUUCCUUCCCCAGCUGGUCCUCUCCCUCCCCCCCAACUUUCUGGGAAACCUCCAAAUCGUCACAAUCUUAGUUACUGGAAAGUCGCUUAUCAGAACUGCCCUGUGCAGUCUACCCUCAGCACAGAUAAAGCACAGGAGAUAGGAGCUCUUUACCUGUGACCAGAUACUGGAGAGCAAGAUCCCAGACUGUCAUCCCGCUUACCUCCCACCUAGCUUCCUCUGAGAUGGGAGGGCCCAUCUCACUCUCGGUGCCUGUCCUUUGAGAGCGUGUGCCUUACUUUCUUGAAUAAAUCUGUUUUGUUGGA